AUGGGUAAGUUGUUUUUCUUAACAGUUUGGUAGUUUAUUAAUCCAUCAGCUUUUAUUAUUUUAGCUGGAGAAGAAACAACAUGUUUUGUCAAAAGCACACACUUAGUUAUAAUGAUGACGUAGGCUGCAAAUUGUGGCACUGCUUAAUAAUUUAUUUAAACGUUUGCAGUUAGACAACAGCCUAUUGUUUUUUGUAACGUCGAUCACACAUUUACGUUUUCGUUAUACAUAUGAAAUGGCAGUUACAUUGCGUAGGCUAUUGUAAUUAAUCCAUGAUUUACAUUUUUACAUUUUUAGUCAUUUGGCAGACGCUCUUAUCCAGAGCGAUUUACAGUUAGUGAGUGCAUAUUUUUCAUACUGCCCCCCCGUGGGAAUCGAACCCACAACCCUGGCGUUGCAAACGCCAUGCUCCACCAACUGAGCUACAUCCCUGCCGGCCAUACCCCCCCCUACCCUGGACGACGCUGGGCCAAUGUUAUAAUUUGUAUUGUAAAUAAACGUUAACUUAAAAAAAACAUUUAAUUAGUCACUAAGCAGAAACACUUGACAUACGUAUUUCAAGCCAAUAUAGAAAUAUAAGGAGCAUUCCUAAUUACUGGCUUGGAGAAAGUAAGUCAUGAAAUAACUGAUGGGCUGAUUACACUGGAACACUGGUCAAUUGCAAUUUAUCAAGACUUAAAGCUGGAAUCCUUAGUUGCUACAUCCAUUUUUGGGCUUAUAAAUUAAUGAUAUAUAUCAAAUCAAAUUGUAUUUGCCACAUGUGCCGAAUACAACAGGUGUAGACAUUACAGUGAAAUGCUUACUUACAAGCCCUUAACCAACAAUGCAGUUUUAAGAAAAAUAAGUGUUAAGUAAAAAAUUAAAAUAAUUAAAGAGCAGCAGUAAAAUAAAAUAACAGUAGGGAGGCUAUAUACAGGGGGUACCGGUACAGAGUCAAUGUGCGAGGGCACAGGUUAGUUGAGGUAAUUGAGGUAAUAUGUACAUGUGGGUAGAGUUAAAGUGACUAUGCAUAGAUUAUUUGUAAGUCGCUCUGGAUAAGAGCGUCUGCUAAAUGACGUAAAUGUAAAUGUAAAUAAUAAACAGAGAGUAGCAGCAGCGUUAAAGAGGGAGGUGGGGGGGACGACACAAUGCAAAUAGUCUGGGUAGCCAUGAUUAGCUGUUCAGGAGUCUUAUGGCUUGGGGGUAGAAGCUGUUAAGAAGCCUUUUGGACCUAGACAUGGCGCUCCGGUACCGCUUUCCGUGCGGUAGCAGAGAGCACAGUCUAUGACUAGGGUGGCUGGAGUCUUUGACAAUUUUUAGGGCCAUUGAUUCUUGAGGAAUAUAACUUCUAAAUUACUCAUAAGCUUAGUUCAACUGUUGUACCACAUUAGAAUCAGAACCCAAAAUUCAAGUUUGUUAUACUCCAAUGUUUGUAAACAAUGUAAAUACUAACUAACACUGUAUAGCCUCAAGACAUGGAUAAAACUAUGAUGUUGAUAUCAUGGAUGGUUAGUCCUUGCAUCCAUAGCUCUGCCUAUGAAUUUGAGAGUGGCUACAUUUUUCCAGGCCCAUCCCUCAGCUUUUUACCAAAACGCAGAUGGAGUGACCACUUUGUUAUUGUUUCAAUUAAGGAUUCUAGCUUUAAGCAGGUUAGUAUAAAUUGUAGAUGAAUUUGCAUGAUAUAUAAAUAUACAGUGGGGAAAAAAAGUAUUUAGUCAGCCACCAAUUGUGCAAGUUCUCCCACUUAAAAAGAUGAGAGAGGCCUGUAAUUUUCAUCAUAGGUACACGUCAACUAUGACAGACAAAUUGAGUAAAGAAAAUCCAGAAAAUCACAUUGUAGGAUUUUUAAUGAAUUUAUUUGCAAAUUAUGGUGGAAAAUAAGUAUUUGGUCACCUACAAACAAGCAAGAUUUCUGGCUCUCACAGACCUGUAACUUCUUCUUUAAGAGGCUCCUCUGUCCUCCACUCGUUACCUGUAUUAAUGGCACCUGUUUGAACUUGUUAUCAGUAUAAAAGACACCUGUCUACAACCUCAAACAGUCACACUCCAAACUCCACUAUGGCCAAGACCAAAGAGCUGUCAAAGGACACCAGAAACAAAAUUGUAGACCUGCACCAGGCUGGGAAGACUGAAUCUGCAAUAGGUAAGCAGCUUGGUUUGAAGAAAUCAACUGUGGGAGCAAUUAUUAGGAAAUGGAAGACAUACAAGACCACUGAUAAUCUCCCUCGAUCUGGGACUCCAGUGAAUGACCUGCAGAGAGCUGGGACCAAAGUAACAAAGCCUACCAUCAGUAACACACUACGCCGCCAGGGACUCAAAUCCUGCAGUGCCAGACGUGUCCCCCUGCUUAAGCCAGUACAUGUCCAGGCCCGUCUGAAGUUUGCUAGAGUGCAUUUGGAUGAUCCAGAAGAGGAUUGGGAGAAUGUCAUAUGGUCAGAUGAAACCAAAAUAGAACUUUUUGGUAAAAACUCAACUCGUCGUGUUUGGAGGACAAAGAAUGCUGAGUUGCAUCCAAAGAACACCAUACCUACUGUGAAGCAUGGGGGUGGAAACAUCAUGCUUUGGGGCUGUUUUUCUGCAAAGGGACCAGGACGACUGAUCUGUGUAAAGGAAAGAAUGAAUGGGGCCAUGUAUCGUGAGACUUUGAGUGAAAACCUUCCAUCAGCAAGGGCAUUGAAGAUGAAACGUGGCUGGGUCUUUCAGCAUGACAAUGAUCCCAAACACACCGCCCGGGCAACGAAGGAGUGGCUUCGUAAGAAGCAUUUCAAGGUCCUGGAGUGGCCUAGCCAGUCUCCAGAUCUCAACCCCAUAGAAAAUCUUAGGAGGGAGUUGAAAGUCCGUGUUGCCCAGCGACAGCCCCAAAACAUCACUGCUCUAGAGGAGAUCUGCAUGGAGGAAUGGGCCAAAAUAACAGCAACAGUGUGUGAAAACCUUGUAAAGACUUACAGAAAACGUUUGACCUGUGUCAUUGCCAACAAAGGGUAUAUAACAAAGUAUUGAGAAACUUUUGUUAUUGACCAAAUACUUAUUUUCCACCAUAAUUUGCAAAUAAAUUCAUAAAAAAUCCUACAAUGUGAUUUUCUGGAGAAAAAAAAUCUCAUUUUGUCUGUCAUAGUUGAUGUGUACCUAUGAUGAAAAUUACAGGCCUCUCUCAUCUUUUUAAGUGGGAGAACUUGCACAAUUGGUGGCUGACUAAAUACUUUUUUCCCCCACUGUACUAAGUACUUCAAUUGACUGUGUACACAAUAACAAUUUACUCUGCCACAAUUACAUCCCUUUUUCUUCCAAAAAUGUCCUUUAUACAUUGACCAAUGUACAUAUUUGAACAAAUGAAAUGGGGAAGUCGAGAGCUUGGGAAUAUACGUUUCUAUCUGCAAAAAGAUUAUUCUGAGAUAAUUGGCUUUAAAGUUCUGAACCCUCAUUGGUUUUGAAUGGUGUCAGCAAUUUUUUUCUUGUAUUAUUUUGAAAAUAACAUGAAUUUGGGUAUUUAGAGUACUAUACAUUGAAAAGAACAAGGCUAUGUCAACUCAAUUUUGACAAAAAUGCAGAUAGAAUCUUAUAGUCCCAAGGUCUCGAAGUUCUAUAGAAAGCAUGAUUCAAAUUGUAAGCCACAGCUCAGGAAAUGGCUGAUCUCGAAAGAAAGAUAUAUAUUGGGUUUGCAGACAAGUGAUAUCAAUGCUGUUUGGUGGGCUAUUGGAGAGACUGCUACUCUCUUUGUUUGAGGAAGAGGUUAGAAUGUGGGUGUUCAAUUACAAAUACAUUUGACUCUCAGUUGUCAUGGCUGGACAUCGACCCAUUUGCUUUCAACUUCAGCCUUUAAGUCUUAUAAAUUUGAAUCAGUACUAAGGCUAUUCUCAGGCACUUAACAUGUUAUGCCUGAAAAUGACGUGUGUGUGUGUGUGGGGGGGGGGGGGGGGUCAUUUGUAUGGCCUUGGGUUUGGUGUAUGGUAAUUUGAUUACCAAAGUAUGCAAAUGAAAUAAUGAAAAUAAAAUAAAACUGCCUUUUACAUUACAUUUCGCAUUUUCAUUCACAUGUUGUAAUGCUUUCAUAUCAGGCAGGGUACCACAUAACUGCGGUUAGACUCAUAAGCAGGAAGUGGUGUUGUAACCAUGUGGCUUUAUAUUAAAACUGCAUUUUCUUUUUACUUACUGGAGUGUGUGUUAGUUUACAGAAUAUUCAGUGAUAGAACACACGUAUACUUGUUCUUGCUGCUGGCACAGGACUGGAAAUGCAAUCAUAGGUGAACCAAGGCAUCAGCUUUUCACAUAGGUAGGGUUUUAUUGCAUCUUAUUCUGGAUCACCUAGCCUGACUGAUGAUGCAUGGGACAUACACCAUUCUUUGCUUAUGGUAAACAAAUGUCCCAUAUGGAGUGGAGGGUGUGUGCUUUGGCCUAGUUGUGACUGUCUUUUCCCUGUGCCCUGUGGCAGUAUUUGAUCCUGAAGGGGAGCGAGACACCAGUCAGAGACCAGUCAUGGAGGAGGGCAGAGGUGUGGAGGGGACACUGAACCAGGUAAGACAGUUUAUCACUCAUAAUGACUCCAGGCAGCUUGAGACACUUUGGUGUCUUUUUCUGCAUGAAUUUCGAACUUUAAGCCACAUUGGAAAGAGAGAGUUCAAUUUUGAUGUGUGUCUGCAAGAACACAUUCACUUCCAGUAUGUUUACAUCCUUCAUUUCUUGUGUUGUGCGUUUCAUUUCCCCCUGCUUUCAGUUCUCUAUUUCUUCAAAUAUUCAAAUGAGCAUGUCAAAUAUUAGGCUCCUAUAAAGGGAUGCAUUUUCCCAGAAGAAUUGUGUGUUUCUUCUUCAUUAUGUACAGUAAGUUGUAAAAGAACAAAACCACAUGUAACCCCAAGUCACAUUCUUUACAUGUCUCCUCUGAUAUGUCUGACUUCAUGUGUGGACAAUAUGAUAACAUACUUAUAUGUAAAAGGGAAUGAGUUACAUUAUACAAAUAAAAAAUUUAAUAGAAUCUGAAGUAUAGAGGCUACGUAAAAUGUUGUUUUUCAAGUCUAUUUCUAUGUUUACCUUUUGCACAUGUUCAUUGUUGCAUACACUCAAAAUGUCCUCAUCAUAUUAAAUAAUAUUGCUAACCCACUGGGCACACACUGGUUGAAUAAACGUUGUUUCCACGUCAUUUCAAUGAAAUUACAUUGAACCAACGUGGAUUAGAUGUUGAAUUGCCGUUUGUGCCCAGUGGGAAGUGUCACCAUGCAAUAUCUCAAAUCAGUAAUAGGAGGAAAGUGAUUAUUUUAUGUUAUAGUAAGUGGUUGGUGUCUCAUAAAGUAUAAAAUAAUAUAAAUGUCCCUCUAUUUGCACUAUCUACACAAACAGAAACUGGAGUUCCACUAGACACAGUUCUGGUAAUUGAAGAUGAGAAAAGAAAAGUUAGUGCAUAGAUGCAUCAAAUUUCCAAGACACUGCUGUGAGAUGAAAGCCCGGUGGUUUCUGUGGUGACAAGUGGCCUGUCGAUAGCAUCAACCCGGCAUGCCACCAACAAUCAUAGUGAGAGUUUUAUCGACACAUUGACAUCAACAUUUCCUACGCCCUUUUCCAAAAUGUGAAUGUGGUGGAAAUUUAGAGGCUGUUUACUGACAGUCUUUCACAACGAUAUUCAUGUCUUAUUUUAGUGUGUGGUUAACUAUGAUUAAUAUUGUAUGGUGGGCUUUAUGACUCGGAAUGCAGUCGUUUCCUGUAUGAAACCUAUGUCGCAUUGAGCUGACUGACAUCUCUCUGUUUUGUGGUCCAGCCAUGAAUACAUUUAUUCAAUAUAGUAUACAAAUAAAACAAUUGGCUUAUCCUCUAAUACAUACUGCUUACUGUAAAAAAAAUGUAAUCACAUUGUUCAGUAGUCAUAUGCAAAACAAAUGCAUUACGUUUUCAGAAAAAUACUAUUUCUCCUUUUCUGGAAAUGUGUUGCCCUAUAUGACUAAUCCAUAUUCCAGUCAUAAAUGCUUUUUCUUUGUUCUUAAGAACUUUGCAUUGUAUCUUUCAUCUCAUUGACUAACAGAUUAGAUGUGAAGAUAGCUGUGUAUGGAACGAUUAUUCUACAACUUUGUAAAGCACUUGUCCUAAAAUGAUAACCAUACCCAACGUAAGUCAUGGAAAUCUAUCCAUAGCAAGAGAGAGAGCGAGCAAGAGAUUGCAGCUGGCCAGUCAAGGCAGGAAGAAGACGAAAGUGAGAGAGCAUUACAUGGUGCUGGAGGAGGCUCAUUGAUAAAAGAUAGGGUGUUGUAGGUGGGAACCGUGUCUAUGGGACAGCUGUAUAGAGCUGUGAGUCAGUCAGGGCGAUCCCAAAUAGGGGCCUACAUCUUCACUAUUACUCACGACUGGGUCCUGCUUCUCGGAACCAGUAACCACAGAGAGGAACCUGAUUCAAUAUGAAACUCUGCUUGACUGUUGCCUACAGCGCAGCAUACGCCACAGACACAAAAUAGUCUCUGUAUUCGGUGAUUUGGAUUGGGAUAUUGUAUUGACAUACAGUGCAUUCGGAAAGUAUUCAGACCGCUUCACUUUUUCCACAUUUUGUUACGUUACAGCUUUAUUCUAAAAUUGAUUAAAAUAAAGAAAUCCUCAUCAAUCUACACAAAAUACCCCAUAAUGACAAAGUGAAAACAGAUAUAUACACUACCAGUCAAAAGUUUGGACACACCUACUCAUUCAAGGGUUUUUCUUUAUUUUUACUAUUUUUUACAUUGUAGAAUAAUAGUGAAGACAUAAAACUAUGAAAUAACACAUAUGGAAUCAUGUAGUAAACAAAAAAGUGUUAUUUGAGAUUCUUCAAAUAGCCACACUUUGCCUUGAUGACAGCUUUGCACACUCUUGGCAUUCUCUCAACCAGCAUGAGGUAGUCACUUGGAAUGCAUUUCAAUUAACAGGUGUGCCUUCUUAAAAGUUCAUUUGUGGAAUUUCUUUCCUUCUUAGUGCGUUUGAGCCAAUCAGUUGUGUUGUGACAAGGUAGGGGGGGUAUACAGAAGAUAGCUCUAUUUGGUAAAAGACCAAGUCCAUAUUAUGGCAAGAACAGCUCAAAUAAGCAAAAAGAAACAACAGUCCAUCAUUACUUUAAGACAUGAAGGUCAGUCAAUCUGGAAAAUGUCAAGAACUUUGAAAGUUUCUUCAAGUGCAGUCACAAAAACCAUCAAGCACCAAACUGGCUCUCAUGAGGACCGCCACAGGAAUGGAAGACCCAGAGUUACCCCUGCUGCAGAGGAUAAAUUCAUUAGAGUUACCAGCCUCAGAAAUUGCAGCCCAAAUAAAUGCUUCACAGAGUUCAAGUAACAGACACAUCUCAGCAUCAACUGUUCAGAGGGGACUGUGUGAAUCAGGCCUUCAUGGUCGAAUUGCUGCAAAGAAACCACUACUAAAGGACACCAAUAAUAAGAAGAGACCUGUUUGGGCCAAGAAACACGAGCAAUGGACAUUAGACCGGUGGAAAUUUGUCCUUUAGUCUGGAUUCCAAAUUUGAGAUUUUUGGUUCCAACCGCCGUGUCUUUGUGAGACGCGGUGUGGGUGAACGGAUGAUCUCUGCAUGUGUAGUCCCCACCGUAAAGCAUGGAGGAGGAGGUGUUAUGUUGUGGGGGUGCUUUGCUGGUGACACUGUCAGUGAUUUAUUUAGAAUUCAAUGCACACUUAACCAGCAUGGCUACCACAGCAUUCUGCAGCGAUACGCCAUCCCAGCUGGUUUGGGCUUAGUGGGACUAUCAUUUGUUUUUCAACAGGACAAUGGCCCAACACACUUCCAGGGCUAUUUUAACCAAGAAGGAGAGUGAUGGAGUGCUACAUCAGAUGACCUGACCUCCACAAUCCCCCGACCUCAACCCAAUUGAGAUGGUUUGGGAUGAGUCGGACGGCAGAGUGAAGGAAAAGCAGCCAACAAGUGCUAAGCAUAUAUGGGAACUCCUUCAAGACUGUUGGAAAAGCAUUCUAGGUGAAGCUGGUUGAGAGAAUGCCAAGAGUGUGCAAAGCUGUCAAGGCUAUUUGAAGAAUCUCAAAUAUAAAAUAUAUUUUGAUUUGUUUAACACUUUUUUGGGUACUACAUGAUUCCAUUUUUGUUAUUUCAUAGUUUUGAUGUCUUCACUAUUAUUCUACAAUGUAGAAAAUAGUAAAAAUAAAGAAAAACCCUUGAAUGAGUAGGUGUGUCCAAACUUUUGACUGGUACUGUGUAUAUAUAUGUAUAUGUGUGUGUGUAUUAAAAUAAAAAUCAGAAAUAUACAUUUACAGAAGUGUUCAGACCCUUCGCUAUGAGACUCGAAAUUGAGCUCAGGUGCAUCCUGUUUCCAUCAAUCAUCCUUGAGAUGUUUCUACAACUUGAUUGGAGUCCACCUAUGGUAAAUUCAAUUGAUUGGAUAUGAUUUGGAAAGGCACACAUCUGUCUAUAUAAGGUCCUACAGUUGACAGUGCAUGUCAGAGCAAAAGCCACGCCAUGAGGUCGAAGGAAUUGUCCGAGGAGCUCCGAGACAGGAUUGUGUCGAGGCACAGAUCUGGGGAAGGGUACCAAAACAUUUCUGCAGCAUUGGAGGUCCCCUAGAACACAGUGGCCUCCAUCAUUCUUAAGUGGAAGAAGUUUGGAACCACCAAGACUCUUCCUAGUGCUGGCCGCCCGGCCAAACUGAGCAAUCGGGGGAGAAGGGCCUUGGUCAGGGAGAUGACCAAGAACCCGAAGAAUCUGACAGAGCUCCAGAGUUCCUCUGUGGAGAUGGGAGAACCUUCCAGAAGGACAACCAUCUCUGCAGCACUCCACCAAUCAGGCCUUUAUGGUAGUGUCGGCAGACGGAAGCCACUCCUCAGUAAAAGGCACAUGACAGCCUGCUUGGAGUUUGCCAAAAGGCACCUAAAGACUCAGACCAUGAUGAACAAGAUUCUCUGGUCUGAUGAAACCAAGAUUGAUCUCUUUGGCCUGAAUGCCAAGCGUCACGUCUGGAGGAAACCUGGCACCAUCCCUACGGUGAAGCAUGGUGGUGGCAGCAUGAUGUGGGGAUGUUUUUCAGUGGCAGGGAGACUAGUCAGGAUAGAGGGAAAGAUGAACGGUGCAAAGUACAGAGGGAUCCUUGAUGAAAACCUGCUCCAGAGCGCUCAGGACCUCAGACUGGGGCGAAGUCUUACCUUCCAACAGGACAACGACCCUAAGCACACAGCCAAGACAACGCAGGAGUGGCUUCGGGACAAGUCUCUGAAUGUCCCAUCCAGAGCCCGGACUUGAACCCGAUCGAACAUCUCUGGAGAGACCUGAAAAUAGCUGUGCAGCGACGCUCCCCAACGAACCUGACAGACCUUGAGAGGAUCUGCAGAGAAGAAUGGGAGAAACUCCCCAAAUACAGGUGUGCCAAGCUUGUAGCGUCAUACCCAAGAAGACUCGAGGCUGUAAUUGCUGCCAAAGGUGCUUCAAUAAAGUACUGAGUAAAGGGUCUGAAUACUUAUGUAAAUGUGAUAUUUCAGUUUUGUGUUUGUAAUAAAUUAGCUAAAAUUUAAAUCUGUUUUCACUUUGUCAUUACUGGGUAUUGUGUGUAGAUUGAUGAGAGAAAAACAAUUAUUGUAUUCAUUUUAGAAUAAGGCUGUAACGUAACAAAAUGUAGAAAAAGUCAAGGGCUCUGAAUAUUUUCCGAAUGCACCGCAUUUCAUUUUCUGCUCUCAUUUGAUGUAAUUGUAAUAACAAAUAUCAACUUCUACACUCAGUCCAUAGCUCUGUGCAAAUUCAACCUGUAUGCUUGUGCACAAAAUGUUGCCAAAAAUAAUAGUUUUACUUUUCAAAUAUUUAUAGUACAAAUUAUGAUGACACAGUGUCGGCAGUUUUGUAAAUAUCAGCUUCCUAUACUUUGGUAAAUUUAGUGUCAGUUUGACUAGUUUGAAGUGUCAUAGACACUUCUCAUCCCGAUGAAUGCAUUGAAUGUAAGGACAUUUAUCUGUUCAGGGCUGGGGUUAAUUUCUGCAUGCCUCUACUGUUUCAUUUCUCAUUUGGUGUCCACCGCAUUUUGUGACUUUUCCCUUUACUACUCGUUUGUGUUUGCUUACACAAAGUUUUUAGAGUAAGCUCCAAGUUCAACAUAAUAAUCAAUUCCUGAAACAUGCCACUGAAAACUACUGUGUAUGCUGGACCAAGAGCUCUACUGAUAAUUGCAAACAGAUAAUUGCAAUUUCAUUUUAACCUCACUCUUUUUGCAUUCUCAUGGAACAUAUUCUAAUCAUGUGAACUACUUGCUAGGCUACUCAGUCUUUGUCAUUUCUAAAUUACAUUAAUGUCAUUCACUUUCAUGUCAGUGGAAAAUAAAUGUAUAACAAAGGGCUUGUGAGUAAAGGCUUUGGGGGGAAAGGGCCCUUUCAUACUGUAUAAACAGCUCUUCAUAUCUUCAUAUUUGUUAUUCAACUAGACAUCCUUGUCACCAGGCUGAUAAUCAGGUCUAGACCGAAAACCCCAUAUGUCUGUUGGUUUCCCUUCAUACAGGAUGUAUGGUUACUUAUUGAAAGUGGUGAAGCCAAUUCUGUCAUGUUCUGAAUGUUUCACUUGAAAUUCUAGUUGCCCAAGAAAAGACAAUGAGACUUUGUUGCAAUCAUUUAAAAAAAGGUUUCCUAUUGUAUGAUUGGUUUAUUUUCUUCUUGCAGUUCUGUUUUGAAGACUUAUAUGUUCAGUAAUAGUAUGCAUCCAUAGAAUUGGAUUUAUAUACUGUAUAUCUGGUGGUCUCUACCGUAGAAUUCUGCAGCGUUGGAGAUUUCUGACUCAGCCAGUGAAUUUGAGGAGCCUCCAAGGUCUAGCCCAAUGGAGACAGAGGAGAGGUCCUUCAUAGCCAGUUUGCACUGUUUCAUGAAAGACCGAGGCACACCCAUCGAGAGGAUACCACACCUGGGCUUUAAGCAGAGUGAGUCCAUGUUCAAAGGAUAUAGCCAUAGCUUUAUUACUCUAUCUCUGUUAUAUAGAUUAAUUUUCCCUGCUCCCCAGAUCACCUCAAUCUCUGGGGUAGUUUGUAAAUGCAUGUGUUAAGACCAUUUAAUCAUACUGUAGCUUCAUAGGUAAUGAUACAAUAUUAAUUAAAGAAUUGUGCAAUGUCCCCAAUGUUCAAAUGCAUAUGAUUUCUACUUGCAGUUAACCUGUGGAAAAUCUACAAAGCUGUUGAGAAGCUUGGCAGUUACGACUCUGUGAGUACACCCAUAUAGUACAGAAUAGUUCUAUAUUUUUUUACACUUGACCUGGUUGUUGAUCAUACAUACAGAGAUGGCAGUGGCAAUUUUUUUUAUGUUGUGAAAGAGACCAUGCAACUUAGCUUCUUGUGUGGAACAUUAUCUUUAGUUGACAGGAUGUAAACAUGACCGUACCCACCACAUUAAGAGCAGAGUCCACACUGACUGCUAAAUGAUGUUUCCAUUCUGUGGCAUGUGUACACGCUCAAUGUGCUGAGAGAGGAAGGGUUUCUAUGAAAUGCCAAUUCAGAGUUCACAGGAGCUUGGCCUAUAGUAAGACCUUGUUCUCUAUUUUAGUAAUGGGCCAUUCAUCUCCCUCCAUAUAUUCUUAAUAUAAAAAGACAGAUUAGACGUCUUAUACAGUAUACUAUACCUCAAAUUAAUGCAUAAUGGUUCUGGAUGAGGGACUUAGAGGGGUGUGUUUGCUCACUAUGGCGUGUUUCCCAACAGGUGACAGCACGACGGCUGUGGAAGAAUGUGUAUGAUGAGCUGGGGGGCAGCCCAGGCAGCACCAGCGCUGCUACCUGUACCCGCAGACACUAUGAGAGGUGAGGACAGACACUGCUCCAGCUAACCUGUCUUCAACUCACUCCAUCUCUGCCUGUUUUCAUUGUGUCAUUUAUUUGUGUUCAAUACAGGCUUGUUUUACCCUUUGAGAGACAGUUGAGGGGGGAGGAGGACAAACCUCUGCCUCCAAGCAAACCACGCAAACAGUACAAGAGGAGCCCUGAGGGCAGCAUGUCUGAGGGCAAGAGGAAGAGACCCCAUCUGGAAAAGGAGACAGACUCUGAGGUACUUCACUUUUCACCUGUUCGUGACUAUUGUCAUAACAAAGUCACUGUCUGUUUUCUAUUACUCCAGCCUAUAGUUGUCAUACAGUUACUGAACCCCCAACUGUACGACUGGAAGUGACUUCUACAUGUUGUCAUGUUACAGGGCCAGCUACACUCUAUUCCAUCGUGUCCAUGGACCACUCCACCUGAAAGGCUCCACCCAGACCGUCCUCCACCAAACAAUGAGACUACCGUCGGUGACGACCUCUCUUCCUCAGCGUACUCCCUAUCCCAGCCAGGUCAGGUCAUCUCCCCUCUGGAGAAGAAGAAGCGUAUGGCCCAGGCCAGCCUUAGCCAGUCCCAGGACUGCCAGAGCCCCAGACAGGAGGACUGUAAGGGCAGGCCCUCUGUGAUCCACUGCUCCCAGUCCCCAGGGCUGGACCCUUCCAGCCGGACACGCACUACCUCUGAGGGCUCUCCUCUCCCUCCGUCCUCCUCCUCCUCCCGUAGCCCGUCCCCCUACUCCAUCUCCUCUGAGGACUGUCCAGCACUAACUGAAGACAGGCCCCCAGUACCAAAACCAGAAGUACCGCUUCAUUUUCCCAGCAAACCUAUAUCUGCCCACAGUGGGGUACACAAGCCUCAGAGCUGCAGCCCUGAUGUCAAGGAAUAUGUUGGCUUCCCUGGAGGACAAAAAGAUUUCCCUCAGGUCAGCCCUCUACCGGGUGACACAGUUUCUAUCAAAGGUCAGAGUAAAAACUCUGUAUGGAGCACUGUCUGCAAUGGGAGUAACAGACGUCCAGCUCACCAAAUACCCCCACCAACGUCCUGCACGUAUACUGUUAGAUCUUGCUUUGUUCCAUCAACCUCCAGUUUCACCAAGGUUUAUCCCAAAUCUAUGGAGCCUUUGCGGCCUAUACCCUUUCGGCCAGGUUACACAUUCCAUCAGAACCCAAAUAGGCCCAUGUUGCAAAAUGAUCUGAUCUAUACUAAGAAACUACAUAUGGUCCCUCGACAUUAUCAGACAGAGAAAAAGGAGAAGUCCAUGACAAUGUUGCCCAAGCCACUUCCAACGCAACAACCUUUAUUCCACUCUAAUGCCAGCAUCCCAGUGUCCUACCUCGUCCCAGCCUAUGACAAGACAAGGGGAGACUUUGGGCAGAAGCCACCUGUACACCCUCUCUUUCUAUCCACCCACAGACUGCCUCAGUCCCAGGCCAACCCUAUGUACCGUCAUGCCCCAACGGGACACACCCAUGCUUCCCCUUAUGAGCCUGCUCUCUACUCCUAUCCCUAUUCUAUUCCUAUGUGGAAUCCCCAUACUGGAUACAGCAUCACUGGUGUGCAUUAUCCUCAAACUAAGCUGUGA